UGUUUCUGAUAUGAUUAGCGACUCCCGAGUUACUUAACCUAGCACUAUGAGAGAAGUCCAGUCAUAUCACGCCAUGAUAGGAGGCUGCCCAGCUUAUUCAUCCAUGAGCAACAACAGAUUAGAGAUGGAACCAUCCAAAGAGUUUUUAUUCAACUACAAAGGGUUUUACUUUGCCGUAAAUACUACACCUGAGCAUGUAGCUUCCCUGGAGAAUUUUGAAAUCAAAGACAGUGAUAUAUUUAUAGCUACUUAUCCAAAAUCAGGAACAGUGUGGACCCAGAAUAUUUUGAGCUUAAUACUCCACGAAGGCCACCGUAAUGGAACAGAAAAUAUGGAGACCUUGGACAGAAUCCCCUGGGUGGAAUAUAAUGUAAAAAACAUUGAUUUUGGUAGUCUUCCUUUGCCUCGAGUUUUUGCCACUCACCUGCCUUACUACUUAACUCCAAGAGACCUGAGAAACAGAAAGGGACGUGUUAUUUAUGUCUCCAGGAACCCUAAGGACGUGUUGGUUUCUUAUUAUCACUUCUCUAAAUUCAUUGUAAUUCUAGAGAAAAUACCAGAUUUUAACAUUUUAAUGGAGAGAUUUUUAGCUGGAAAAGGUAGGAUAUUUUUUCUUACUAAGGAGCCUAAACCCUACUCCAUGAUGUCAGAGAGAAUGAGGAUUAAUUAUAAUAACAAACAUCAUGCACCCAGUAUCCUCAGCUAUGCUUAUCUGCAACCAAAGCUAGAGUUGAUGCCUGAGCUUGGCCCUCCUAUGGGAGGGAACACAGACAAGGUUUGCCAUUCUGCAAAUACAUGCAAGCUGCUUAUUCUAUUAUCAUCAACAUGCUUCAAGGUUACUUUAUUGCAGGAUCUCAGAAGCGCUGUGCUGAAAAUCUGCAACUUCAUAGGCAAGAAGCUGAGUGAAGAGGAAAUAGAAAGUGUUGUGAGACAAGCUACAUUUGAGAACAUGCAAAAAGACCCCAGGGCAAACUACGCGAACAUGCCAGAAGACCUGGCAAUCAAAGGGAAGGGCAGAUUUCUACGGAAAGGCACUGUUGGAGACUGGAAAAACACGAUGACAGUGGCGCAGAAUGAAAGGUUUGAUGAAGUUCUUAUGGACAAAAUAAAGACCCUGCCUAUCAAGUUCACCUGGGAUCUUGAGAGCGAAAUGUAGUCUGGUUUGAGUUUUGUCACUCUUUGGAGUUCAUUGAGGAUGGACAUGCCUGAAGUCCAGGAAGAACCAAACAUGACAAUUUUCAACUAUGUUGUAGAGAUAGUAAAUUAGAGAAGCCAUUCAGAAAAUGAGACUUAUCUGAAGUUGCUAUUCAAUUUCUUCAGUUUCCUCUUUGUAAUUUUAUGAAUUCUUUUAGUUAAUUUCCAUAGUAAACCAUGCAUUCCAUUCUUCAUGA